AUGACUGAAGGAGGGAUGGGAACAUAUCUUGGUCUCCCGGAGAAUAUGAGCGGAUCAAAAAAGAGAAUCUUCACAUUUAUACACGAUCGCCUCAGUAAGAGGAUCAACUCGUGGUCUGCUAAAUUACUAUCUAAGGGAGGCAAAGAGGUUAUGAUUAAAUCAGUGGCACAAGCUUUACCAAAAUAUGUGAUGUCUUGCUUCCUUCUUCCCCAAGAAACCGUGAAAAAAUUACAAGGAGCUAUUUCGAGAUUUUGGUGGAGCACGAAGCAAAAUAAUAAAGGAUUACACUGGAUUGCAUGGGAUAAGAUUUGUCUCCCAAUGGAGGAAGGCGGCCUAGGCUUCCGGGAUUUAAAAAAUUUUAAUCUCGCAUUACUUGCGAAGCAAUUAUGGCGAAUCUUUCACUACCCAUCGUCACUCUUAGCAAGGAUUCUUAAAGGAAGGUAUUUCUUGAAUUCAAACCCCUUAGACGUGGUAAAAGCAAGCUCCCCAUCUUAUGGUUGGAAGAGUAUGCUGGCAGCUCGAAAUCUACUCAUAUCCGGACUACGAAAAGCAAUAGGUUUGGGAGGUAAUACGGUAGUUUGGCGUGACCCCUGGCUGCCUACUAACCCACCUCGUCCACCGAAUAGCAAUGGUGGUAUCCAAGAUCCAUAUCUAUUGGUUUACCAUCUCAUAGAUCAGGAGACAAAGCCGUGGAAAGAGGAAACCUUCCGACAACUUUUCACGGAGGAUGAUGUACGAUGGAUACAAGGCAUUAAGCCAUCUCGACUUCCUCAAGCCGAUCGACUAGUUUGGGCUUAUACAAAAACUGGAGCAUACACUGUCAAAUCAGGAUAUGAACAUGCUACACGUAGGUCAAACGCAGAAAAACCAGCAUACGUGCUCGAGCCAAGCAUCAUCUCUUUGAAGCAAGAAGCAUGGAAAACUAGAACGACGAAAAAGCUCAAACAAUUCAUCUGGCAAUGCUUAACGGGUUGUAUCGCGGCACGUGACCGUCUCGUGGACCGUCAUUGUGGCUCGGACCGAUCAUGUCCCCGCUGUGGCGACGAAGAUGAAACAGUUAAUCAUCUUCUCUUUGAAUGCCCUGAAGCAGUCAAGGUAUGGACGCUGUCCGAUAUUCCCAUCAUUCCGGGUGUUUUCCCGAGUAAGGCAAUCUUUUGUAACUUCGAUCACUUGAUUUGGCGGGCACAAGAGAACGGAACCCAAGACCAGACACUGCUCAAAUAUCCGUGGAUAUUAUGGUUCAUCUGGAAAGCAAGGAAUGAGAAGGUGUUCGACAACACAGAUGUGGAACCCCUGAGUACACUGCAGUCUGCGAUGUCAGAAUCCAUCUCAUGGCUCAAUGCACAGUCCCCUGCCACCAUUAAGGAACAAACAGAACCGCUUCCCUUAUUACCGAGAAGUGACGAAACAGAAUCGUGCCUCCCACGCUGUCAAGUUGAUGCCUCAUGGGGCAUUAACUCAAGCAAUAGUGGAGGUGGUUUCGUCCUUGAUGGCGGGUUUAGAUUGCCUCAAAUUUUCACAAUUUAUAAACCCAACUAA